AUGCACCCCAGGGUGCCAUGCCAGGAGCAUGCUGAGGCUGGCCGGCCAAGCCUGUACCCGUCAGUCAUCGGCAACACCUUGAAGGAGAUAUUGGUGUUUGACUUUUCCUACCCCAAGCAUUUCCCAGUGUUCCUGCCCAACACCCAGCUCCUGGACUACCUCUGGCACUAUGCUGAGCGCUUCAGCCUCCAGGACCACAUCAAGUCUGGGACCACUGUUGUCAGCAUCUGGAAAUACCCCAACUUUGCCACCACGGGCCAGUGGGAUGUGGUUACAGAGGUGGAUGGGAAGCAGUCAUUGAACAUCUUUGAUGCUAUUAUGGUUUGCAGUGGCAAUUUCUCUGAGACAUCCCUCCCCCUGCACUGUUUUCCCGGCAUCAAGAGGUUUCAAGGCCAGUACUUCCACAGCCAGCAGUACAAACAUCCCAAUGUGUUUCAGGGGAAGCGUGUCCUCAUGGUCAGCAUGGGCAAUUCAGGAGUGGGCAUUGCAGUGGAGGCCAGUCAUGUAGCUGCAAAGGUGAUUGUUUGCACCAGCCGAGGCACCUGGGUGGUCAGCUGCAUGUUUGACCAUGGCUACCCAUGAGACAUGGUUUUCAACAUUGGCCUUAUGAGCUUGAUCAGAAACAGCCUUCCCGGACCCCUUUCGCAGGGAUUCAUUAACUACAGGGUGAACCAGUGGUUCAAGCAUGAAAACUAUGGCCUUCAACAAGAGAAGAGAUGCCUGGUGUGUGAGCCUGUGCUGAACGACAACCUUCCAAGCUGCAUCCUGUCAGGGAGGAUCACCAUAAAGCCGGGUGUGAAGGAGUUCAAGGACAAUUUGGUUGUCUUCCACAAUUGCCCUGAGGAGACCAUUGAUAUCAUCAUCUUCUGCACAGGCUACAAUGUCUCCUUCCCAUUCCUAGAAGAAGCAGUCGUCAAGGUGGAAAACAAGCACGUCCUCUACAAAUACAUGUUCCCAACCCCCUUGUGGGGGCCCACCUUGGCUGUCCUAACUUGAUUAAAGCCAUUAGGAGCCAUCAUGCCCAUGACAGAGAUGCAAGUGUGCUGGGUGACCCAUGCCUUCAAAAGCUUGUGUUGGUUGCCUCCUCAGUCUGUCAUGGAGAAGGAAGUAAAUGAGAAGAAGAAAAACCAGAUGCGAAGGGUUUUGCAGGCUUUAAAAGCAGGCAUCCGGCUCUCCGGGCUUUUUGGCAUUCGCCUCGGCUUCACCUAG